UCCGUUGGUUGCUGGUGAAUAGCUGUACGCGUAAAAUUUGUGUCUAUAAUGUUUUAAAAAUGAAUAUACAAAGUGCAUUUAUUAAUGAAGAAAGUGAUGAAAAAAUUGUGAAAGAAAAUGAAGAAGAAAAUCUUAAAGAGCUAAAAAGAAAAAGAAAAUGUGAACGUCAAAGAGCAUAUUAUCACCGUCAGAAAGAUUUGAAGAAAAAUGAAGAAAAAAAAAAAAGAAAAAAAGUACCAAAAACAAAUGCUGAACGUCAAAGGGAAUUUCGUCAACGUAAAGCAGAAAAAUCCUACGUGGAUAUGAAAAGACGAAAAUUGUGCAGUAAUGAAGAGAAUGUCGUGCAAUGUAGGGCUGUUGAAAAUACAGAAAAUGUAACGCUACAGGAAAAUCAAUUUCACAGCCAACAACUUCAUAUUUAUGAACAGCGUAAUGAAUGCAUUACUUCCGAAGAUAUUCUACAUAGGAACACAGGAAUUCCUGACGAUGGCGAUUGUCUAUUCCACUCGCUCAUAAGUGUUUUGCAACUUCAAAUUGAGAGUUGUGAAUUGAGAAAUCAGUUACGCGAUUCACCCUAUUUAAACUCCUGCCACAAUCCGCAAGAAGCAUAUAAGAUUCUAUCAAGCAGUAAUGAUUACGGAGAUUUGGAUUGUUUGUACUUAUUUUCAAAAAUGUACAAUCAAAAUGUUUGUGUACAUUAUUGUUUUUACAACAUAACUACAAAGAAUGAAGACACUAUCUUUUGGCAUUUUAGAGCGAAUGAUGCACAAAACUGGAUUCAUCUUCAUCUUCGUGAACAACAUUUCACACCUUUUUAUGAAGUAUCAGAUUUAUUGAAGCCAAUAAAAGACGCUACCCAAAAUGAAGCCCAUGUUGAUGCCAAUAUUCAACUAUUGCGUUAUAAUUAUGAUGAAGAUGCUACCGAAGACAACCAUAACAAUCAUGAAAAUGAAAUUGAGAUUGAUAGAGAAGAUCGAAUUGGUGAAAAUAUUAUGGAUUUUAUUGUUGAUGGUACUACUCCAGUUUACACAAAUUAUCGUAAACACAGCACAAGUCAUAUUGAUUUUUAUAAAGACUUUACGAGUAAUUCAUUUGGUCAUUCUUGCAUUAUUUGCGACAGACUAUGGUGGAAAAGAGACUUGAAAAUGUCGACCAGUAAACAUGAGAGUAUUUUGAAAACAAUCCUGCAGAAUUAUAUCCCUGGUGAAAUAGUUCAAGUCUGCUAUACGUGCUAUACAUCUUUGGAAAAAGAAAAAAUUCCUCUCAUGUCAACCUACAAUGGUUUUGCAUAUCCGAAAAUUCCAUCACAUUUACCAACGUUAAACCUUAUCGAGCAACGAUUGAUUUCACCGAGACUAGCGUUCAUGCAAAUUCGUAGGCUGAGACACGUUAAUGAUCAGUACGGUAUUUACGCCCAGAUAAUUAAUGUUCCUAUCGAAGUCGAUACAAUGGUGAAACAAUUGCCAAGAAACAUUCAAGACGACCAUUGCUUUUAUGUGCAUUUGAAAAAGAAGUUGAUUCACAAAACUAGUCAUGUCCAUGGGCUUAUUAAUAAGAGCCAUAUUGAAGAGUGGUUGUCGUAUUUAGUAUCUACGCCUCUUUAUAUUUAUCAUGACAUUAAAAUCGAUGAUUCUUUUUUUACCGACAAUGGAUGUACUUCGCAAUUGAAUAUGGACGAAAUAAGUGAACACGUGCCAAUUGAAGACAAUUUAGUUGCGCAGCAACAAACUCUUUUGUGGAAUGAUGAUUAUUUUUUGAGUCUAGCACCCGGUGAAUAUAACGGUAUUUCAAUGGAUGAACAUGCGGAAGAAUUAUCUUUUCCGACAAUCUACGGCGGUCAAUUUCGAACAUAUAGAGAUGGUGUUACUGUUACUUCAUUCAUGCAAGCUACCAGCGAACUCCGGCGUACUGAUAGGCGCGCUACUGACCCACAACACCUCUUAUACAUCGCUGCUAAAAUCAUGAGGUUGCGAGUUAGUGGAUGUGUCAACGUUGCGUUUAAGCAUGUCGGACAAGGUACUUCAAUUACGAAAGACACCAUUGAAUCUGAAGAAUAUAUAAAUAAUUGUUUAGAAACAAAUCUCGCAUUCCUUCGCUGCAUACCAAAUUCCGCUUGGUUUUGGUCAGAUCGUAAAAAAGAUCUUUUUGCAAUGAUCAGGCAAUUAGGCCCACCAACUGCUUUUAUGGGUCUAAGCGCCAAUGAAACCGGCUGGGAAAAUUUGUUGAAAUUAUUGUACAAAUUGAAAAACGAGGGGGCGGAAAUUUCAGAUAAGUUUUUAGCAGAAAUGAGUUAUAUGUAUAAAGCUCAACUUGUGAAUGAAGAUGCCGUAACUUGUGCUAUUUAUUUUAAUAAAAAGGUAAAUUGUCUAUUAAAAGUUUUGCAAUCAAAGAAAAGAAGUCCAUUCGGAAAAUAUAGAGUA